AUGUCUUUUUCUUAUACAAGAACUUUACUGUCAGGGUCAGUUAUCCCAACUUUGGAAGGAGAUAAAUUGAUCCUUCCACCUUUUAUUCUUGAAGAACUUUUACGUGCAUCUAGUAGUAAUUCACAUGAUUUUUCGGAAGCACAACUCCCAUAUCCAAUUACUUUUCAGAUAUCCAAUCCCAGGACACAAUUAAUUACGCAUGGAGGUGUUUUGGAAUUUAAUGCAAUCGAUGAUAGGGUUUAUUUACCAGAAUGGAUGUAUAAUUCGCUCGCUCUCGUUGAAGGCGAGGAAGUUACACUUCGAUUAAAAGAACUACCAAAAGGAACUUGGGUGAAAUUUCGCCCAAUAGACACUGAAUAUAAGAAGAUAAAAGACUAUAGGGCGGCCUUUGAAGGAUAUCUACGUUCUCAUUAUACUACUUUAACUACAGGAGAAAUUCUUAUAAUAAAACAGGCAAAUUCUUCUUAUCAAUUUAUAGUGGAGUCUUUAAAACCUGCUAAAGCUGUACGAAUUGUUGAUACAGAUUUGGAAGUUGAAAUAUCACCGCUCUUUGAUGAAGAAGCUUCUUUAAGUAUGGAUAAGGAUAUUCAUGUUGGACGGACUGUUGAAGGAAUGAUUCAAAAAGAUGAUUAUGCUUAUUGGAAUUUGAAAAGUAUCGAAAAAUCACGUGGAAUAAAUAUUGUGUUAAAUGUUAAGGAAGGAGAUGCAGAUCUUGUCGUAUCCAAUGUCCAGUAUCCAAAAGAUGAUGACCAUAUUUGGUCAAAUUUUUCAUCUGAACCUUCGAAGUCCGUAUUUAUCUCGUCCACAAAUUUCGAAUAUGCCACUAAAGAUGAUAUUCACAUUGGAGUUCAUGGAUAUGGUGAUUCGUCAAAUUCUUAUGAACUAACCGUAACACAUUCUGACCAACCACCGAAAAUGUCAGAGCAUUCAAUGGAAUUAGUUAAUGAUCAUGCUCCUGGGUACGUUCAAUGUAGAAAUUGUGGAAGCUGGAUACCGGAAAGAACGAUCACUUUACAUUCAAAUUUUUGUGAAAGGAAUAAUAUCAUGUGUAGUUUAUGUAAUAAAGUAAUGAAAAAAGGAGAAGAGAAAAAUCAUUGGCAUUGUUCUAAAUGUGAUAAGUUCGGUGAUAUUUCGGAACAAACAAAGCAUGAUGAUAUUUUUCAUAAAGAUCGCGAUUGUUCAUGUGGGUUUACAACAGAGUCAUUACCGGAUUUAGCAUACCAUAGACGAACGAUGUGUCCGGACAAACUUAUAAAAUGUAGAUUUUGUCAUAAUUUAGUUAUCCAAGGAGAGCUGUCGACCAAUCAGAAUGAUAUUUUGGAAGGAUUUUCUUCUCAUGAGGCAUAUUGUGGAGGUAGAACCAUCACUUGUUUAAAAUGUGGAAAAGCUGUUAUAUUAAAAAAUAUCGCGGUUCAUGCAAAGAUGCAUGAAGUUGAAAAACAAAAUCAAAGAUUACCACCACUUUGUAGAAAUGCUAAUUGCACGAGAAUUUCAGCUGAUAACUCAUUAAGAUUAUGUACGGUUUGUUUUGGACCUUUUUGGUCACCAACAGCAGAUCCAACAAGAAAAAUGUUGUUUACAAGAGUAGCAAGAAAAUAUCAUCAGCAAUUAACUGUUGGAUGUAAAAAUUCUUGGUGUAAAAAUGAGUAUUGUGCAACAGGUAAUUCACAACCAAAAGAUGCCACAACAGCGGCAACUACGUUAAUCCCACUUUUACAGCAAGUACAGCAAGUUCAUUCAGCACCCAUGUAUUUUUGUGUGGAUGAAAUUACCAUGAAAAAACGUUUACUUGCAAAUUUCCUAUAUAAAGGAGAGGAUGGUCAAGGUGUCAAAGGAGAAUUUUCUAUUGAAUUUUGUGUUAAAGCAAUAGAAGUUGAGAAUGAAGAUUUAGUUAAAGCGAGGCAAUGGUUAAUCUCAAAUGCACCUAAUAAUUUUCUUAAAGUUAAAAAUUAA